GUCGUGUUCAUCGCUUGCCCCAUUACACGCGAUUCCCUACCAUUCCAGUUCGCGUUUGUUGCCCGUGAAGGAUGCCUUCUGCCAACCCUAAACUAGAGAAACAGGCCUCUACGGAGGCCGUCGAUCCUAUACGGCAAGCGAUUAUCGUCCUCGAGCACAAGAUACGAAAUCUCGAGAAACGCAAGGGAAAGCUAGAGACGUACAGGGACCUUCAGAAAAAUGGCAAAGAACUAGAUCAAGAUCAAAAGAGGGCAGUGGCUAAAUAUGAUGAAGUACAACAAACUCUGGACAUUACCCGUGAGCUGUGCAAGCAGAUCAUUGUUAUUGCAAAUGAUGCUGCUAAACAGCAAAAGAAGCAGGCCAGGAAAGAGGCAGCUGAGAGGAUGCAACAGGAUAUUGCCAAGAUACGUGAGGUUUUAAUCAUACAAGACGUAUUGUUAAGCCUGGGUAAUGAGGGUGCACGUGAGGAUUUUCUCGCUGGAACGAAUGGCGCCAUACAACUGACCGAAGAUGAUCUUAAGUACUUGGAUAGCCUCUACCUGGAAGUAACAGUGAAGCACAAACAAACGGAGGAUGAUCUGCCCUUUGUUCAGCAAGUGCAAAAGGUUGCAGAGCAUUUGGUGGCUAUUGUAGACGGCAAGCAAAAAGAAGUUGUGGGAACAACAUACAACAAGAUCAAAGAAAUAAUCACUUCCGUUAACCAGUGCGGCUACUUUGAUCAAGUUCAACAAGACAGAAGCCAGAAGACAGAAGCUGAGGUUGCCGAGGUCGUCGCAGCUGCAACGGUGGCUGAUGCAACCGUUCAGGAACCUGUUAACGAGGAGUACAAUACUCCCGAUAGACACAUUCCACCACCAGAAUCCAUGGUUCCCAUUCCUAACUUUCCGGUCCAAGUAGCUCCACUUCCUGUUUCCGACGCGGCUCCAGUUUCAGGACCAAUUCCAGUCGUUGCGCAACCGAUUCCUCCUCAUGCUGCUGCUCCUGUUGAAACAUCUUUUUACACGAAUGCUGCUGGUUUUGUACCUACUCCUCAACCGCAACAACCACAGCAGCAACAACCGCAACAGCAGCAGCAGACAGUUCAACAGCAGCCACCACAGGUGCUAAGGAUCAAUGACGUGAUAGGAACCCCGAAUUUCUUUUUCCUUCAGGAAUCGGAACUCGAUUCAUCCGACGUGACUACUCAGGCACCUAUCGUAUCUCACAUUCCUCCUACAGUGAAUGCACCCAUUCCGUCGCAAACCUUCACAAAUCAGAACUUCGCGAACCCGACCGUUGUACCCCAGCAGGUUAUAUAUCAACAUCAGCCGCCACAGGACAUGCCCCACAUUCCUGGAUUCGCUAACCCGAAUCCUCCACCACCGAUACCUAUGCCGCCGUCUCAUCAGCAGCCAAAUAUUCAAUACAGUCCUCAGCAUCCAGGUGGAUUUCAGCAGCAACAACCUCAGGUGCAACCAAUGACCCAGCAAUCUCCACCACAGAGCUUCGAGCAGUCACCGCUUCAGGAUGGUCAAUUGCAGAAUACAAAAGAAGGCAUGGAUCAACCGCAGGAGGAAGGUUCCAACGGGGAACCAAAACUGGAACAGCAACCGGAAACUGUUGAUUGGUGUCAGCUCUCUGAGGGAGCUACGACAGAAUGGAAUCAGAGUGAAACUCAACAGCAGCCAUCGCAAGUCCAGCAACAAUCUCAACAACAAACAUCUCAGCAACCUUGGGGUGAGCAGCAACGUGGAGGUUACAGAGGUCGAGGUGGCAGACGUGGAAAUUCCAAUGGCUACAAUAGUAGAGGCAGGGGUGGCUAUCAGCAGAAUGGUCGCGGCGGUGGUCAAGGGACUUACUAUCGCAACGACAGUAACUAUCAAAAUGGCUAUCAACAGCGAAACUAUAACAACGAAGGUAGUACAGGUUACAACGGUGGCUUUAAGAGAGGGGGCAGUGGUCCCAGAGGCGGUCCACGUGGUGAUCGUGGCAUGGAUAGAGGUGGCCGUGGACAGUUUCGAGGUCAAAGGGCAGGAAACCGCGGAGGUUAUGCACCGCGCGGUAAGCCCCAAACGCAACAGUAAAAAAAAACGCAACCGUGCAAGAGCGCAACACAUUAUAUGAGAGCAUAAUGAGAAUGGGGAAAAAUCUUUUCAAUAAUUCUAUACAAUUAUAGUUCAAUUAUCCGCAUUUACGAAAGACUCUACGUUGAAUCCGUGACAAUGAGAGACAUUUGUUUGUUGCAUUUGCACUCGUUUGUCAGUGUCACGAACCCUGUGUUUCCGAUAUAAGCUUUCAGUGCUAUGAAAGUGACAUAACAUCACAGUAUACCGUAAUAACGUCAUUUUCACAGUACUGGAAAACUUAUAUCGGGACACAGUGGAGACGUACGUGAAACAAUAUAGCGGACGCGCAAUCGGCAUCUUGUACCAAACGACACGAGUAUCCGGUCUCGAGUAUUGGUUAAAAAGUGAAAGAAACUCGGGCGACAUUAACAUUAUGGUUUUUUUAAAAACUAUAUUCUCAAGCGAUUCGAUAAACGGGAAUACAAAAAUCGUGCACAUCAAAUCUUUCAUGUCGUGCGAUAUUUCUUCUCGCUGUCUGCUGAUUCGCAAAAUUUUAUUAGACCCUUUGGGGACUGUAAGCCUAAACUUCGGGGAUCACGUUAAGAGUUCAGGAUAUUUGUCGAUUCUUGAAACCUAGAGUGUUUCAUAAAAGCGCGGCUAUUGAACGCGAGAUGCGAAUAAAAAAAACCUUGGAAUUUGAAUUUGGUGCCCCAGAACUAACCAGACAAGAAUAAAGAGGGAAAGAGUACUAUUCUUAUUAUCGAGAAACGGUUGACGAUAAACAACAGUAUAAUGACAAGAUAAGAAGCAAAAAUGAAGAAAACACGAGAAAAAAGUAAAGAUUAAAAGAAGAGGUAAAACGACGGUGUUUAAAACAUCUUUAAUGCAAGCAAGAUCGGCCAAAUUCCGAAAUAAUAUCAACCCACCACGCAAGUAUUAUUGUGUUGUGACAGAAGGCAGUUUUCACAGGGCAACAACAGCUGAUCGACAAAGAUUAGAAAAAUAAUUUUAUUAUAAAAAAAUACAAAAAAAAAGAUUAUGAGAACUUACACUUACGGCAGUUUACGUGGAGAAUAAUACGAUGGACACACAGAUACAUGUAGAGAGAGGAUGUAUGUACACGUGUCUUUUCAUAAGACACAAACGAUACCAGCGACAUUUUAAGUAUUUACACCGGGAAACGUACUCACACAGGUAGACCCACGAAUAUGUUUAAUAAAAUAUCAAUUAAGGUGAUUAUAACAGUAAACUACCUGCGCGACCAUCACUUUGUUUUCCGGCUUCCGUACCGGCGGAAUUCUAACGGUUAAUCCCGGAGAAGAGGGAGGACUCGACAAUAGUGUCUUACAUCAUUUUUUUUUUUUUUCUUACUAACGUCUAUCUUUGUUCUUUUUACUCAGUGUCAUUUAUCUCCAAUUAUUUCUUGAAAUGAAAUACUGAGCGCCUACGCUAUAUGAUUCCAUUGUCAGUUGGUUGACGAGGAUUUAUUAGAUGCGUCCUAGAACCUAUUAUAAUUAGAUAAGUACGUUAAAAAUAUCGAACUCGACGCCGACGCGUCGGGUGAAUCUCGUAAUAGAUUAUUAUUAGUUUCUUUGCAUCCUUAUGUGCUGUAUUGCUUUUUUUUUAACAUGCCUUCGGCUUCCCCGUUUUCGCCGGAUGCAGAUUUCUUUUGAAGAAGGCGUUGCCGGUGCGGUGAAAUGUCGAGCAAACGAUGUAGAUCGUUGUGCAUGGAACUGUCAAAUUUAAGAAGAAACUGUUUACCUGAUUUCCUUUGAAUCGCAGAAAGAUGAUAUAUUAUUUUUUAAAUGAAACAAUGAGUGCGAGAGAAAUGCGGAAGCUUUAGCAUGUAAGUCAAGGUCGAAUGUACAAUUACUAUUGACUAGGAUGUCAGCGAAAGACGUGUCCCCAGUCCCCUUCUUUAGUGCGCCAUUGAGAAAGCCAUGCUCACGUAUCGUCAAACAAGUGAUAAGAAAAAGAAAAAGUACUGUAUUGUAUUUCGUUUGUACAUUUUGUGUUUGAUCACCUAUUUCCUUCUUGACACCUACAGUUACGUUCAACUAUCCUAUCAAUACCUAUGUAUCUUCCAAAUAAAGAUCUAAUUCAAACAU